UGCUGCAGGCGAUGUGUAGAAAAUACUGUACAUUUACGUUAAGCAACACUUUUUUUAAGGCAUCUGUAGAUUGAUUUUGUUUUUGUGAAAACAGCAAUAAAUUUUGAGAAAAGAAAACGUUCAACUUGUAUUAUUUUUUUGUAUAAUGGGUUCACGUUCUCGCAGUCCAUCGGUGAAACGUCGCCAUCAUAAAAGCAAACACAAGAAACGCAGCAAGAGUAAGUCACACAAUCGGGACAGGGAACGUGAAAGGGAACGGGAACGGGACCACGAGCGAAGCAGUUGCACACGCAGCAGUCGAGCGGAUAGAGACAAAUCAACAGAGAUUAACCAACACGGUCGGCGGGAGCGCGACAGGCAUCGCAGCGACAGGCACACGCACAUACACUCACACACAGAGCGCGAUUAUCACCGGCACUCGCACUCAAAGUCACGUAAACGCUCCAGCUCAUCGAGCAGUGAUAGCCAACAGUACUCGGAUCAUGAGACACAGCGUAGCCGACACAAGCGUAGCCGCUUUAAGAAACUGGAUGAGCAAAAUUUACUGCAGGUGGAGCGACUGGCCGAAAUGGAACGGCAGCGUCGCCAAAAGGAAGCUGAGCAGAAAACCAUUGAGGAGCAAGCAGCCAAACGGAUUGAAAUGCUUGUUAAGAAACGUGUCGAGGAGGAGCUCGAGAAACGGCGCGACGAAAUUGAACAGGAGGUGAACAGACGCGUCGAUACUGCCAAAGCUGAAAUGGAACGUGAUAUGAUGCUGGAGUUAGAGAAGCGGCGCGAGCAGAUACGAGAAGAAGAACGCCGUCGCGAGGAGGAGGAAAAGCAAAAGCGCGAAGAACUCGAAGAAAUUUUGGCCGAAAAUAAUCGAAAAAUCGAAGAUGCGCAAAGAAAAUUGGCCGAAGAACGGUUAGCCAUUAUUGAGGAGCAACGACUGAUGGAUGAGGAGCGUCAGCGGAUGCGCAAAGAGCAGGAAAAGCGUGUCAAGGAGGAGCAAAAGGUCAUAUUGGGCAAAAAUAAUUCAAGACCAAAGUUAUCGUUUUCCCUGAAGCCGGGCGCGUUAUGAGCUGUUUCAACACAUAUCGGCCAUUACCUUUUGACCUUCUUGUUAACUGCUUAUUUUUGCCUUUUUGUUUACUUCAAUCAGGCCCUUUGCUUGCGCUUUAAACCAUUUAAAUGCUUUUCUUUGUUGUAAUUAUAUUAUAUUUUAUUUGGUUUUUGAAAACGCGUUUAUUUGUUUUAAAUGCAAGCAAUGUGGUCAUUAGGUCGACUUAUGUUUUUUUAACAUACAUAUAUACAGACAUGCUUACAUAAGUAUAUCAAAUAGUUUUGUUUAUUCAAAAAAUUGCCAAUUCCUUGGAUUAUACCAAUAUACGAGUCCCGCUCUUAAUAGUACAAUAUGCUAGCAAUUCACUUACAUUUUUUCUAUAAUUCAUACGAUAAAUAUGCGAGACAAAUGAUUAUGUGUAGAGCGUCGUAUUGUUACUAAAAGCUUAAAAAUCUGCAAACAAAAAUGCAACAAGAAACCGCGAAAAAUGUACUCCCAUCAAAAUUUUGAUAAACGCUAGAAAACCCUUUAAGCAAUUGGAAAAGAUAAUAAAAAGUUUCUAAUACAUAACAAAA